AACCGAACUGUAUGUGGUGCUGAAGUGACAACUCCUUUUCCAUAGCAAGUGGUGUCUGAUGAUCACGAUAGUAGUGGGCAGUGUUAGCUAGCUACUGUUUCGUCCAGUAUUGAUCAUUUAAUAUUCCGGUAGCCUAUUGCUACGACAUUAAAAUAAGAAAACACAAUAACGAAAUUAAAGUAGCCUAAUAUAAUUAGACAGGCUAUACGGUUAUUCAUAACUAAACUUCUAGGUUAUUCGUGUGUUCAUUUUGAAAUUAUUUUUUUUAAACGGGAUCUGAAAAUGUGUACUUAACUGCACGAAACGUGGCAUGGCAAAAAGAGGGAUGCUGUGAUAUCUGCAGUAAUGCCACAUUUGGACGAAUGUGCUGGAAGCAGAGUGUGGCGCACAGUAGCCUAUGCAGAAUUUACGAAUAACAAACAUCAAGCUGUCUUAACAAGACACAGAACUUGGCUAUUAACUAAAAUACGAAAAUAUUUAUUUGUGCUAAUUUCUCAGUCCCGUCGUUUAUAGGGUUCUAUUCGCAAUUACCAAAUCUGCACCGCUAGUAAUUGCAUUGUCAUUAUAGCCUACUAGUGUCUUGUGCGCAUAGUCUAGUUUAUCAUUAUUUCACAGCUUAAUUGGGAUGUUGUAAUGGAAGCGAUUUGGAUCUACCAGUUCAGAUUGAUCGUAAUUGGGGACUCGACAGUGGGAAAAUCUUGUUUGUUGCGCCGCUUCACUGAAGGGAAAUUCACGGAUAUAUCUGAUCCGACGGUGGGGGUAGACUUCUUUGCCCGCCUGGUGGAGAUCGAACCAGGCAAGCGUAUCAAACUUCAACUCUGGGAUACAGCAGGCCAGGAAAGAUUCAGAUCCAUAACACGCUCAUACUACCGAAAUUCGGUGGGAGGAUUACUGGUCUUUGACCUGACCAACCGGCGUUCGUUUGAACACCUGAAAGACUGGUUAGAAGAGGCAAAGAUGCACGUGCAGCCAUUUCAAAUAGUUUUCCUCCUGGUGGGCCACAAGUGCGACCUCAUUCAACUGCGUCAGGUGAGCCGCGAGGAAGCUGAGAAAGUGGCUUUGGCCUUUGGGAUGAAGUACAUCGAGACAUCAGCGAAGGACACUGUGAAUGUUGAAGAAUCCUUCACUGUACUGACGAGGGAUAUCUACGAACGCGUGAAAAGAGGUGAAAUAAGCAUUCAAGAGGACUGGGAAGGAGUGAAAAGUGGAUUUGUCCCUAAUGUUGUACACUCUUCAGAGGAAGCAGUAAAACCAGGUCGAAGGUGCCCGUGCUAGUGCAGCUGAGUGGGAAAGUUUACAGUUUAGCAUUCUGCAGCCAAAGAUAAGCAAUGACCCAGAGCGGAAUCUUAACAAUGCACAGUGGAAACUGCAUCGUAACGGGAAACUUGUCGGCCUUGAAGCAAUCCAAAGAUUGUUAUAGUUAAACACUAUAGUAUUACUAAUUUUGCCAAUAACUAUGUAUCAUGAUGUGAUAUAAUUCCAAAAUGCAAAAUACACAAAUGGAGCUGUCAUUUCCCCAUGUCUAUGCUAUAGCCUGGUUACAGUAGACUUAUAUAAUGCCAAGUUCUGACCUUUGUUUACAUAAGAACUAGAUAAUCAUUAUCGAGUUUAUGCAGUGCUGAAGAAGAAAAACAGCAUUUGCCUUUGGUUGAAUGGAUUUGUUGAUAUGUGCCUCAACUCAAAAGAUACAGUAGGCUACCAAAAGCAAGAAUUAUUUGUCUGAUUAAUUAAAGGGCUAAGAAUGUAUUUUGAUGAUGUCAGUUACAUUCGCAUGUAACCAGAGAUCGUUUCAUCCUCAUUUUCGUAUUAUAUUUCACUGCUGAGCUAUUUUAUGUGGUGUGGUUGAAACCCCAGUACAAUUCAAUAUUUAAGAUUUAUUGAAGAGAACUCAGCGCAUUUUCCCGAAAAGUCUAAAAAGUCGUUUUUAUUAAAAUAGUAGGCUUUAAAAAAGUGUAUAGCUCAGAGAAUAAUUUCCUCUGUUCUUGUCAAAUAAUAUUGAUAGUGGCAUCCUGGACUAUCACCGCUGAAAACUAUGCCAUUAGACAAAACAGCCAUCUGAUAAUAAUGAGAGCGGUGAGAAUUCGGGUGUGAGCAGCCGUUCCAGACGCACUUGUGACUGGAUUUUCCCCGUCCUGCCUAGUCAGACAACGAAUCUAUGUCCCCGCCCCCGAAUUAAACGAGUAGUUCGGGUCAGUGCGUUAAUUUGUCCCACUUGAACAUGAACACUUACAAAACUGUCAAAUUAACUAAUCAAUGCUUUAUGAACAACGAAUGUAGGCCUAGUGUCUGUUAUAUUGUGGUGUCAUUAGCCUAUACCAAAUAUCCCAUUUUAAGUCAUGCAUUCACGGUGAGUUGAUGCCAAAUUUCCAAAGGAAUAAAAUGUGUUUUGUGAGGGUAAUGUUUUGAACACUGUUGGAAAUGCAAUUAGCAUUGAAUGUUUUUGUUUUUUUUCGAUUUAUGAUUUUAAACUUUUAAAGAUUUCUUCCCGAUACAAAACUUAUAUUUUCAUUGUAUUUGAGAGUAGGCUAAGACACAUUUGGUAGCCUAUAUGCAUUACAGGCAUAGGGUAAAGACUGGAUGCUGAUACGAGAACAGAGCGAUUAGCAAUUAGCUAUUGUCAUAUGAUAACAUCGCACUAUUUAUCUUACUGUUAAAAGACAAUGCUUAAUUGCUUAUAUUGCAUUACAACUGUGCGUUGUAUAUGGACUUUUAUUCAAUAAAUAAAAGAUCAUGAAAAACGGGUGCGUUUUUUUUUUUACC